AUGGGUGCAAAUGACAGUAAAAAAUGGCACACUCCAAAGCGUGUGGCUACUCAAUCUAAACAAGGAUUGGUUGUAGGUAUUAGUUCUCUUCCUUCUGGGCUAGAGCAAAAGCAGUUGAAUAAAUUUGAGGUGCUUCAAGAGCAGUUGAAUGGUGGAAAAGAAGAGGGAAAGAGGAGUUUAUGGAAAGGGUUACAAAGGAUAUCACUCUCUGUAAAAGCUUGGAUCAUUUUAGGGAACUUCAAUGCCCUUUUCUCUUGUAUGGACAGAUCUGGAGGGAAAACGGUUUCAGCGUUGGAUGCACACACUCUUCCAUUGUCUUCCAGUGUCGAAGAAACCAACCUUCUCUCAGAAAUUGUGGAGUCUCUUUUGUUGAGGAUCAUUAAUGCCAACAAUUUAUCAGGACCAAUUCCUACCUAUUUAGGAAGCAUAACCACUCUCACUCGUUUGUCCAUGGAGAGCAUUUUGUUUUCUGGAACUAUUCCCUCUGAGAUUGGGAAAUUGGUCAACUUGGAAUAUUUGACUCUUGCUGCAAACAAUUUCACUAGAGAGUUCCCUGAUCUCACUAGUCUCACCAAGUUAAAAGAACUAAGGAUCAGUAGUAACUACUUCACAGGAAGGAUGCCUGAGUUUGGCAAUUUGAAACAGCUUCAGAUGUUGUAA